CCAGGCCAUUGUGACUGGUUUGAACUUUGGCGCGAGCUGAGUAAACAGAUACAAGGAUUAUAUCAUAAUAAUAAAAAGAUUUAUUAUAACUAACAGGUUUUGUGUCCAGGAGCAGUCAUAAUAAGAGCACAAAUGAGUCACUGUGAGCUGGAAGAGGUCACGAAACACAUCAAUGACAAGAUUUCAUUUAUCAAGAGACUCUUAGAGCUGCGAGCAGUAGCAAAAGAUCCAGAUAAGCGGGCGUAUCUGCUCAAAAUCGAGCAGGAUGUCAAUGCAAUAAACGGGUUCCUGGACCGCUUUGAGAAAUAUGUCACUCAGCAGAGGGACCUGCUAAAGCAUCUACAGGACCUGGACAUGUUCUUCCAGGAGGAUGAGCAGAACGCACAGCACCUGUUAGAGAACAUCCCACCACACAUGCCUCGUAAAGGAUGGCAGCCGACAGCUCCAGGAGCACAGACGGCGGCUCCCAGCAUGCAGGCAAACGGGAAUUCGGCCCCCCAGGAACAGGAACAGCCCAGGAAGCCCCAACGGAGAGAGAUUAAAGAGAUGGAGUUCAUCACAGUGCAGGAGUUCGACAGCAUCCCGCAGUACAUGAAGGGACGAGUGACGUAUGAGCAGCUGAACUCUGCUGUAAAAAGCAUCAACACAGCCGUCAUUGCAAAAUAUAAAAUCCUUCAUCAGCCCGUCAAGAACCUGAAUAACACAGCCCGGAAGCUUCAUCAGUGCUUUAAAGACCAGGAGACCAAGGACACUAAAGGUCAGUUCUUCGUUGUGGAGGAGGACCUGCGUGAACUGGCUCAGCUGAAGGUGGAUAAGCGUUUUGUGGGUAUGUUGAACAUGCUGAGACACUGCCAGAGACUAAAGGAGCUGCGUGGAGGUGGUCUGACACGCUACAUGCUGCUGUGAUCCUCUAAAAGGGUGUCGGGACACCAGUGAAUGUCCAUGUGCAGAAAGAACUGCUGCUCAAACACAUGCUGGUGUUCUUGAGUUCUCCUAAAGCUCAUCAGCUGUACCUCCUGAGCAUCUCAUGAGAUGCACUUCUUCUUCUGAACGUCCUUCCAAAGUCGUUCAUAUCCCAACUGCUGUCAGAGUGCAUCAUUUUUUCAUGUUUUGUCACAUUUUAAUGUUGUCAUUUUGUAAAUAAAUUUAUAAACACAAA